UCCUAAAUUUGGAAGUCUUUCCUGUCGACAGUAUUUCCAGUCUGUGUGAAGGCGCAUCAAGCCCUUAGUUUUGUUCAGAGUUUGUGGUCUUUCAGAGCUGCGCCUGAAAACGCCUCGUUUGCCGUUUUUGAAGGUCUGACUGCGUUUAUUAGUGUGAAAAUGUUGUAGGUGAAAACAACAAAACAUCAUUUACUUUAAGGUACUAUUCCUUGUUCAACAGGAAGCUUAAAUCUGCUGAUGAAAACGUGGAGGGGAUCAAAACAGCCCACUGCUCUGGGCACGUAGGUGUUUUCCAUGUGUUGGACUUACACAUGAUGGCAAUGUUGUGCAUACCUGCUCUGCUGUACUUUGCUAGAAGCUCAAACACAGCACUGCUGAAGCAGCGGGACUUCUUGUUGCUGCCACAUUUUACACAAGUGCUCAGCUCCAGGCCUGGGGGCAAGAGACUCAACAAGGGCCCAGAGAACAAGUCCUUGGUGGAGAACCUGGCCACGAUGGGAGUGGACGUGGUGAUGGCCCGGCGGCGGCAGCCAGGCGUCCUGAGGAAGGCCGUCACCAACGAGAUAGGCCUGGCCCACUUCCUGCAGAGCAAAGGGGCGAGCCGCAGUGCAGUGGCCGGGAUCAUCUCUCGCUUCCCGCGCUCUAUCACGCGCACCGAGGCGCACCUGGAAGAGCGCUGGGCACUGUGGAGGAGUAUCUUCAGGACUGACAGCGAGAUUGUCAAAAUCCUGGAGCGCUCGCCCGAGUCAUUCUUCCGCUCCAGCGACAAUGCCAACCUGGAGAAGAACAUCCUGUUUCUGGGCUCCCUGGGCCUGGGCAGCAGGGAACUACACCGCUUGCUCACCACGGCACCCCGUACCUUCUCCAACAGUGUGGAGCUCAACCGGCAGGUCGUGGAGCUGCUCCAGGACCUGUGUGUCAGCCUGGGUGGGGACAAGCCCGAGCAGUUUGCCAAGGCCAUCAUCUCCAAGAACCUAUACAUCCUGAUCCGCAGUACCACGCGCAUCAAGGCCAAUGUGGCCUUCCUGAGGAAGGAGCUGCAUCUGAGCGACGGCGAGCUUCUGAGUCUGCUGCACGGCCAUGGUGCCGACGUCCUGGGCCUCUCCACCGAGCACCUCAAGAGGAACCUCUCCAGUGUCCUAGAGAAGCUCAAGUCUCUCAGCUGCCAGAAGAGUGAUGUUAAAAAGCUCAUCAUCAGCCACGCGCCAGUGCUGCUUGUCUCUCCAAACAACCUAAACAGUAAGCUGGACUGUCUGGUUGAAGGAGGGGUGCAUAUCAGACAGAUACUGGAAAAGCCAAAGAUCCUGGACUUUAGUGUGGAGAACAUAAAGACACGCUUAGCAGAGCUGAAUGAGAUUGGCUACGACUUCAAAAAGAAUGGGAUUUCUAUUUUAGACUCCAGUCGGAAGCGUUUCGAAGCAAAGUUGGAGCGUCUUACUGCUUCAAUAGAGGAGUAAAUGAAUGCUGUGCUUCAAAAUAAAUACACAUAUUUGCUAUACUCACUGUGACAAUUGAAGAAAUUUUCUUUUAUACUGUGACACUCAAUGAAGUCAUAAUAUAAAACCAGGUCAGACUUGUGGUGUGACAGAUUAUACUACACCUUAUGCAAGUAAGUGAUCCAGGCCAUUCACAUGAGACAGGCCAACUUAAAGGAACAGUGUUUGAGAGUGCCAAUAAAACAAUAAUUAAAUUCUAACUUAGGGAGCCGCAACUGAGAAUAUCCGUGAAAGGUACUGCAUUUAUAUUCAUUUUUCGCUUUUUUAACCCAACUUUAUUAGUAGUCGCCAGUUACACAUUUCAGCUUGUCACCACCACAGUGACACCCUCUGAACCCUUGGAGGAGCAUGGGGCAGGGUACAUGCAAUGCUCCAAUACGUGUGCCUAUGGCACUACAAGUCCCACAGUGCACAAGGAGCCAUCGGAAGAUAGCU